AUGAUGCAACUGAAAAAACUUCUUUAUUAUUUAACGAAAGACAUAGAUCAACAUAGAACAAAUCAACUUUAUAAUGAUUUUCUAAAUGCUUGGUAUGCAUUAAAUUUGAAAGAGGUUCAUCAUGGCAAUCAAACAAUGAAAUUCGAGAAGACUAUUUCGAAAGAGAUAUGCGCCGAAAAUACAGACAUUAAUGCAUUUCUACUGCAUACAUUAAGCGAUGAAAGUAGUCUUCUUCUUGUUACACGUCUUAAAACACCUGCUGAAUUACAAUAUGAAAUUGUCAGCUAUUUUUAUGAUACUAUCAAAAACGGUGUUAAAACAGAGACUGAACGAAAACGUAUAUUACUUCAUUCUAUUCGACCGGAACAUAUUCUUAAUCUUGAUCGAAAAAUUUUGAGUCAAAAUUUAAUUGGUGAUUGUCUUGUUUCUAAUUAUCAAUAUGGAAAAGGUAAAGAUAUUAUCUAUUAUUAUGGAGAAAUCGAAAGCUAUUUGCAAAAUAUGAUCAAUUCGCUAAUGUUGAUUGAUACAGAUCGAUUACAUUGUCUCAAUUAUCAAUUUGAACUGUACGGAGAAAAUACGUCGUUGAUCAAUGAUAUUCGUGCUCGAAUCAAACAACAACCACUCUCGAAUGGUGAUCAAACUAAAUUACAGUCUCGUUGUCGGAAUGAAUAA